UCUGACGUUUGUGUUUCCAUCUAAACUUGUACUUUCAUCAAACUUGAAGAUGUGGCUGCGAGAUAACGUUAGUUCAGCCACGACACUAGUCAUUUUCUCUCGGAUUGAGAUGUCGUUCGUAAUUCUAGUUAUUAAAUGUUGCCUUGCAAAUUGACCAAAUACCCUAACGUCCACAACCCAAACCACAACGACACCUAAACCAACUGAAGCCUCCUAUUGUCUCAAACAACAUGAAAGUCUGCUUCAUAGGAAAUGUGGACUUUUCUGAUGACAUUUGAUGCUAUUUCCUGGGUAUUCCCCCCCAUAUUAAACACGUCGCUUUGCGGUGGAAAGCUGUCUGUCCCGAUUCUAAGUCGACUUUUCGUUGGUCGGUGGUUUGUAUGUUAGCUUACCAAAUCGUAAGGGACAUCAAAAAGCUAGCGUUUUAAAUAGGCUCACACGGAAUUUGGUGUCAAUUUUUCGCCAUUAAAAAAAAGACCAAAACGCAGCAGAAAGGUAACCGAUGCGUAGCUAAACCGGCUGGUCGGUGGGCUGACGGGUUCGGCUAAUGCUAACGUCAGACUGAGGUACAGGAGACUGUUGGUUUCUAUCUGACGGGUGGUGUCCUGCAUGAGCGGCCAGCUGUGGACUGCGUCUUAUGUGUCUCCCACUCAGCUGAAUGAACGGGAUGAGCGUCUCGAUGCAGAGAGCCAGUGACCUGGUGACCGCCUACGGUCACAGUUUGGAGCAGCAAAUCCUGGGACGAGGCUCCAACCUGGCAUGUAGAGACGAGGAGCUGUGGACGCAGGUGGAGGGCCUGCUGAAGGACGGGGAUGCACAGGAGACCCACUGCCUGGGUCUGGAUCCGCUGUGGGUGAUGGAGGAGUCCCUCGCAGCAGCAGCAGACUCGACGACAGCAGCCGGUGCUGGGCGAGCCAGAGCUAGAGGAGGGCUGCAAGGCCUGGCUAAAGCUUUUGAGGUCCUGGAGCAAGCGGCCCUGAACCUGUACCUCGGCCCCUGGAGAGACGAGUACAAAGUAGUCAAGAUGUACUCCGGUAUGUUCACCCACUUCAUCAAACCGGUGCUGUCGAUGCCACAGAUUGAGAAGCUGUUUGGCCUGCUGGGAUACGAGCCCAGUUCUUCUCGGCACGAGCAGCUCUGUCUCCAGUCGUCCAGAGUCGGUCCUGCCUCUUCGCAUGAGCUCCUCUGCCUGUCGUGUGCCUUCUUCCUGGCCCGCUGCGAGUGUUGCCUCCUUCUGACGGCUCUGGGGAAGCACGUCGGCGAGGCCCAGUGGGAGCUGAGUGUGGUGAGGGAGAGGCAGAGAGGAAACAGCGUACAGGUCGCCCUGGACAACACCAAGAAGACCCUGGAUGCCAAGAAGCCACUGGUGGAGGCGUGUGACAGAGAAGUGGAGAUAGAUCUGUACACUGAUGAGCACGUCAACAGAGGGCAGAGAGAGGCGGUUCUCCAUGACGACGAGAGUCCCCGCUCUUUGACCUGGUUGCCUCAAAGCAGCGCGUCACCCCCUUCAGCCAAAGCACACAGCAAUGGAAUGACGCCCCUGUCCUCCUCAUUCACCGCCUCGUCCACCAGAGAGCACGUCUGCAUCUCUAAACUCGACUGCCAGCUGACCAAAGUGUCGCCAUUGGAGUUGGACACUACCAUGAGCUCCUCAGGCGGCGCAAGACAGGGCAGACACCCCCGCGGAGAGUCCAGGCCCGACAAGGCGGACUCUCAGUCGCGCAGCCUGCAGGUAGAAGCAAUGGGGGUUUGCAAGAGCGAGGCCGAAGCCAACAACCUUUGCGACUGUCGCCAGAUUUCUCACCCAUGUCUUAAGAGCUGCUUCACAUGCAACAUCACGCAUGACUUCACCUGUGCCUUGCUUCAGCACUGCUACACAGAGAACCAUCUCAUGACGUACCGCGACAGUCGAACCGAAGAGGGGAGAGAAUUCGGGGCACUGUCGCCGCAGGGCGAGAGCCUCAGGUUGAGCGAUACGAGUGUGUCGCCAACGCUCUCCAGCGGCAGCGCAGCGAUAUCCCCCCUAGCUCUGUGCGACGACCCCAAAUCAAUGAUGCCGUCCCUUCAUCCCAUCGCCUACCACAAGUGCUGCGACCUCACCCAGCUGGACCCUCAGGCCCUGUGUGUCAGCUGCGGCGUGUUCCACACCGGUUCCUGCCGCGAGAUAGACUUUUGCCAGAGUCACCACGACAUCAAGCCGCUGGGAGUGUGCUCCUGCGGGAAGGAGUGCUCCCGAAAGCCCCUGGUCCUGUGCAGAUACUGUGGGAACGAGUACUGCAACGACUGUUGGUACAGAAAUCCUGUGGUGUGCUCCUGUGGCCAAACGUUUGACCAGUCGUCUCCUGUGUGAUUUGUAUUUUGUAAAAAGCAUCGUGCUAAACGAGGCACAACUAGCAAAUUCACAUUGCCUUAAAAUCUGCAUACUGGAAACAGAAUUCCUGUUUUUGUUUUUUUAAAUCAAUGAAUCGGAAACUCUAAUGUGGCCUUGACACAAUACUGAAAUGCAGUAUUGACUGUGCUCCGAUUUUCCUAUUUCAGUCCUUUUUCUGAGAGUCUCAUCACUCUUGCCAUUUAGUUAUUCUACAAGUGGCCAUAUUUACCAUUAUCAGCAUUUUGAAAACGUUGUGUAUUGUUGAGACUCAAAGUCGUGGUCACAGUUUGUGCUCUUUGGUCACUUUAAAUGUAAUUUAGUGUGAAGCACAAGAACGUCUGUUUUCAUCUGUAUGUGUUGCCUGCACACAAACUGGAGUAAAGAAUGGUCAAUUAGCCAAUUGUCUGUGGUUAAAUGUGUUUUAUAAUACUUUGGUGGCAGUGGAGUUACGGUAUAAGAAUGUACAACUUUGUGAAAAACAUCUAAUAUAUUAUUGAAUCAUAAGGAAAACUAAUCAAGUUCUUAACAUUAAGGGGAGACAACCCAGGUAAAUAGGGUUAAAAAUGUAGAUAUCACCAUAAAACUCCCCCAGUUUAGUGCUUACAUUUAGACAAUUGUUUUUUUGUAUUACAAGCUUUUUGAAAUUGUAUGUUUAAAUAUGACGAAAAUCCAUUUUGCCAUGAUUUUACAAAUAAAAUGUUGUAUGAA